AUUAAGCGCACUGACGGGGAAUAAAGUCAGACGUCAGCCGAGAACACAUAAAGAUCCUCCAGCGAGUGUGAACAACCAACAAAGUGCUAAAAUUAAAUUCAAGUUAAUUAAAUAAAAUCAUUAUUAAUCGUAAAUUAACAAUGGCUUGCAAAAAUAAUAAACAAAUGAUUCUGCUCAGCUGCAGUUUGGCUGUCCUUUUGAGCUUCUCAGAAGCCCUUCCGCGUUACAGUCGCCCCAGGGAUCUGGGAACCGCAGCCAGUUCCUCUAGCUUUGCCUAUGCCCCAAGUCCACAGGAACCCAUGACUCUGACUGGAAACUACAACCUGAUCAUGCCCGACUACUAUGAUCAUCAUCCCGCUGAGUCGAUGCAGCUGCAGAACUUUGCCAACUUCUACGAUGCCCAGAUGAGUCCCGACUCCGAUCUGGGAAUGGAGGAGUCUCAGUUUCUGUCCAACACCCCAGUGAGAGCACCUCAGCCGCUGUCAGCCCAGGAGAAACGUGCUCGCCAGCAGAUACCCCAUGUGGACAUCAACAGGGAGAAGAAGGCCCUGCUUAAGCUGAAGAAGGGCAGCACCCAGCCCAGGGGAUCGGAUCACCAGGAAUGGGAUCAGUUCGACUACGAUCUGUAUAGCCUAAACCCGGCCAAUAACAAGAAGUACAACUACGAUGCUUAAAUGGAUUCAAAUCCUUUCUACAGUGACUGUAUAUGUUUAUGUUUUUGUUUUCUUUUUAAGCUCACAAAUAAAUUAUUUAUUUAUUGUUAA